CCGUGCGUCCUCAGCGAUCCGCGCGCUCUUUACGUCCGGACCCCGGGAGUAAGUGUUUCCGGCCAUUGAUACUCCCUGUCCGUCGGUGCUCGGUUGUUAGAUUUUGUGAGCUAUCUGGCCAAAAGGGUGACGGCCUCGCUAGGAUGAAGCUCGUGAGAUUUUUGAUGAAAUUGAGUCAUGAAACCGUAACAAUUGAAUUGAAGAAUGGAACACAGGUCCAUGGAACCAUCACAGGUGUGGAUGUCAGCAUGAACACACAUCUUAAAGCUGUGAAAAUGACCUUGAAGAACAGAGAACCUGUACAGCUGGAAACACUGAGUAUUCGAGGAAAUAAUAUUCGAUAUUUUAUUCUGCCAGACAGCUUGCCUCUGGAUACACUACUUGUGGAUGUUGAACCUAAGGUGAAAUCCAAGAAGAGGGAAGCUGUUGCAGGAAGAGGAAGAGGCCGAGGAAGAGGAAGAGGACGUGGCCGUGGUAGAGGAAGAGGGGGUCCUAGACGAUAAUGUCUCUCAAGAUUAGUGUUUCAAAGUGGUGAUAUGGGCUAUUUUUUUGUACAGCUUUUGUUUGUUUAUGUCAGUUUUUAAUAAACCUAAAUAUGGGACCACAUUGUCUACUGACCAUCAAAUUAAAGUUUUAAUAGUUUCAUAUAUAUAUAUGCAUGAUACUAACACAGUGAGAGCCAUUUGUAACUAUUAGGUAGUCCCAGGAAAAUUUACAUUCUUAGGUGGUUAUGCUUUAAUUUUUUAAACUAAAAUUUUUAUUUUAUGAUGAAUUUAUGUAGAAUAUACACCUUUUAUUUCACAUGCACUGAAGAUCCAUUUAUUUCUACUCUGUAGAACCUACCUAUAGGUAAAAUUAAGUUCUUUUUGGUACUUUUAGAAACUGAAGUCCUUUGAAUCAGGGUCUACAAUUGAUUCUCCUUCCCUGAGUUUACUUCAUGGAGACUUCGGAACUUGGUUAAAAAAUGGUAGUCAUCUUCUAAAUCAAGAAGUCAGUGAUUUUGUUGUCAUUGUUAAUGUUUUUUGUUUGUUUAUAAUAGGUUUUCAAUAGAAUAGUUUUAAGUUCUCCUGAGUUGAAACUGCAGAUAAUACCUAGUUGCUUAUCAAUUGUGAACAGUAUUAAGACCUCAUGUUAAUUUGGAAUAUACCUGUUAGUGGCUUUAUCAAAUACUUCUACAAGGAAUCUUUGAAGAACAAAAUGAAAGAGGCCUACUUUCUUUUAUAGCAAAACUAGAAUCUUGUCAAUCACUAAAGGAAAUUUUUUUAAAAAUUUUUAAUUGAAUAAGCUUGAUAAAAACUGUAUACACAGGCCUACUACUGUUUUUAUCAAGCUUACUACUGUUUCUGUACUAAGAAAGCAAGCUAACUUUGAGGAUGUGGGGGAACUAAAUCUUUAUUUUCAUUUAAUUAUGUAUUGUUGGCUUUUUUCAUUUUUAAUGAGAAGAAAAUUUACUGCAAGGAUUGUUACUAAAAAUACAAUUACUUAAUUUGAGAGAUAGCAAGAGCACUGUGUGCGUGCACAUGCGUGUUUUAAAAACGUUACUAUAAAUCUGGGAUAUAUAUAUAAUUUUUUUUUAAAGUAUCUUGCUCACCUCCUGAAGAUAAUUCCACAGUUGAAAUGUUUUUUUCUGUUCAUAAGUCAUUGAAACCGUCUCAUGGUGCUUAGCUGUUUUAUCACAAGUUAUUCGACAGUGGUUAGGAAAGAGGGUGGUAGUGUAUAUGAAAUCCAUGAUGAUGAAGGCAACUUUUAUGAAUAUUUCUUAGUGGUAAAUAUUUUAAACUUGAACCCACAUGACAUGACAAGCCAUAAUCAAUAUGUAAUUUUCCUCCAUACCUUUUGUAAAUUAAGACAUUGAGGGAAUAAAUUCAUUCUUUCCCACACUCUGAUCUCUUGCUGGUGCUCCUAUUGGUUGAAACCCAGCAUAAACCAGAAGGCAAGGUGGAGAGUAGAUUUGAAGGGGGCAGACAGAAAAGACCCCACACAGCUAGUGAAGAAACAAUUGUUUCCUACAUGCUAAGCAAACAUAACUACAUAAUUGCAAAUUGUGGUGAAUACUCUGCAGAUAUAAGAGUACUUCAUAUUUCUUGUCCAUUUUAAAAGCAGUAUGUAGUGGCAGCUCACUUUGAUGUUCAAAUAUUAUACAACAUUUAACAUUUUAACUUUUUUAUUUUGAGGGUUUUAAUGUCUAAGAUGUUGGCAUUGUGAAUCCAGUCUAAUAAAUGGUUUAAAUGUGAGAAA